UGCCGGUGUGUCCCGGUGAGCUCCCGGGAUUAGAGCAGCCACCCGUUACCGGGGUGUGCCAGCAAUGCGGUUCACACCCCGUGUCCCGAGGCCACACGCCCGCACCGGUGUCGGGGAGCGCGUCCUCCCCCUCGCUGAGGGGGAAAGGAUUAAACUCGUGGGAAGGGGAGGCUCCAAACUCCUGAGCCCUUUGCUGCUCCAUCACCGCAUUCCCCCGGCUCUGCUCCGUUUGAAAUCCGUGGGUUCCGCUCCGUCCUGCCUUGCUGCGGAUAACGGGAACGAUGCAGAACGCUGCUCCAUCAUCCCGGGGCUCCCGGUUUGUCCGUGCCGUGCCCUGAGGAGCUGCCAGUGUCACCUGAGGCAGGGCGAGGUGGGAUCCCCACCUUUCCCACUCGUUUUCCCCUCAGGAGUGACUGAGCUGUGAAUCUCUGUCCUGGAAACUCUGCUGGUUUUCCAGAGUGGCAGGUGCUGGGUUCAUACCCCUGGAAGGAAAGAGCUGUUCCUGGAGGAGCUGAGGUGUUUGCUCUGGAAGAUGAUUCAGUGGAACGAAGAAGAGGAAACAAAACCAAAAGUGGCCUCUGAGGAAUGGUGGUUUCAGGCUCCCGUUGAUGGCUCGAGGGAUUCUGUGGAAUUGAGGCCCGAGGAGCAGCUCCCUGGGGAGAUCCUGCUGAGCAGGAGAGGAGGAGCUGCUGAGGAGGCACUUGGGGCUGGCAGAGCACGGGCAUCGCCCAGCCUGUGGGGCUGGGACAGGCCUGUGUGGGCACAGCACUCCCAGGCUGUGGGAGCACAGCACUCCUGCCCUUGGGCAAGCAAAAUGUGCUGUUUGAAAUGGUGGAAAUUCACAGAGAAGCAGAAGCAUUCAAGGAGCAGGGAAAUGCAUACUAUGCCAAGAAAGAUUACAACGAAGCGUUCAACUACUACACAAAAGCCAUAGAUACAUGUCCCAAUAAUGCCAGUUAUUAUGGGAACAGAGCUGCCACGCUCAUGAUGCUGGGGAGGUUCCGAGAAGCGCUGGAGGACGCUCAGCAGUCAGUCAGGUUGGAUGACAGCUUUGUACGGGGCCACCUCCGGGAAGGGAAGUGCCACCUUUCCCUAGGGAAUGCCAUGGCUGCCAGCCGCUGCUUUCAACGAGUUUUAGAACUGGAUCAUAAAAAUACCCAGGCACAGCAGGAGCUGAAGAAUGCCACGACUGUGCUUGAGUAUGAAAAAAUAGCUGAAGUGGAUUUUGAGAAACGGGAUUUCAGGAAGGUCGUGUUUUGCAUGGAUCGUGCUUUGGAGUUCGCUCCUGCCUGUCACCGCUUCAAAAUCCUCAAGGCCGAGUGUUUGGCACUGCUGGGCCGGUACCCCGAGGCACAGUCUGUGGCCAGUGACAUCCUGAGGAUGGACUCCACCAACGCCGACGCGCUCUACGUGCGCGGGCUGUGCCUGUACUACGAGGACUGCAUCGAGAAGGCCGUGCAGUUCUUUGUGCAGGCCCUCAGGAUGGCCCCUGACCAUGAGAAGGCCUGUCUUGCCUGCAGGAAUGCCAAAGCACUUAAAGCGAAGAAGGAAGAUGGGAAUAAAGCAUUCAAGAAAGGCAACUACAAACUAGCAUAUGAACUGUACACAGAGGCACUAGGAAUAGACCCAAAUAAUAUCAAAACAAAUGCCAAACUCUACUGCAACAGGGGGACGGUUAAUUCCAAGCUUAGGAAGCUCGAGGAGGCGAUCGACGACUGCACGAACGCGGUCAAGCUGGAUGACACCUACGUCAAAGCCUACCUGAGGAGGGCACAGUGUUACAUGGACACAGAGCAAUAUGAAGAUGCUGUAAGAGACUAUGAGAAGGUUUAUCAGACAGAGAAAACAAAAGAACACAAGCAGCUCCUAAAGAAUGCACAGGUGGAACUGAAAAAGAGCAAAAGGAAAGACUACUACAAAAUCCUGGGGGUGAACAAAAAUGCCUCUGAAGAUGAGAUCAAGAAAGCUUACAGGAAAAGAGCACUAAUGCACCAUCCAGACAGGCACAGUGGAGCAAGUGCAGAGGUACAGAAGGAAGAAGAGAAGAAAUUUAAGGAGGUUGGUGAAGCCUUUACCAUCCUGUCAGAUCCCAAGAAGAAGGCUCGCUAUGACAGUGGGCAGGACUUGGAAGAGGAUGGAUUAAACAUGGGAGAAUUUGAUCCAAAUAACAUCUUCAAGGCCUUCUUCAGCGGGCCAGGGGGCUUCAGCUUUGAAGCUUCUGGGCCUGGAAAUUUCUUUUUCCAGUUUGGCUAAGAAGCAAAACAAACACAAAUCAAACCACACAUACCUGAUCUGCUUCUUUUAACCUCGAGUAUGGACAGCCCCAGACUCCUCCUCCAUCACGUCUCGUUGUCCUUUAGAGCAGUUUCAUUUCUGGGUUGGAGCCUCUGUUUGUGUGUUGUGUGUGUGAAGAGGAAACCAGCUCGGGAGGGGAAGGCUUGUGAAUUUUGUUUUACUGUUAACUUUAUUAAAAAAAAAAACUGAAAAAAAAAAAUAAAGCUUUGAAUCUUUUGGUCCCUCCAUGCUGGCCCGUGCUUUCAGCUGCUUCUGCCCCUCAACACAGAGGAUUUCCUGGAAUCUUCCCAGAAUCUCCACAUGUGUGAGGGAGAAAGAAUUCCUGGUUUGUUUUUGGUUGCUUCCAAAGCAGCAUGUCCAGGGUUUGGAGUAACUUGUAAGUUAUCUUAAUCUUUUGGAAAUACUGCCAAGGCUCAAUCCAGUUUUGUACAAUCCCAUUUCACCUGCAAGCCUGGCUUCUUGGCUCUUUUUAUUUGGUUGUUUGUUUAUUUUUUUCCCAUGGUUCUCCCAGCAAGGCCCACUUGGGCAUUAAACUUCUGUGAUAACAUGUGAGCUUACAAUUCUGUAUCAGAGAAAUGCUGCUUAGAGUUCAAAGAGCAGCUCAUGUGAGAAUUCCCUGUGAUGCAGCUGGAAUUAAGGGCUUUGUGUUCCCAAGAUUGUCCUGUUUAAGGGAA